CACAGACAAACCUACCCACCCCCUAACUACAUCACUUGAUCUAUAUCAAUGCGACACCUCUGAGGGGCUCCAUUCCUACCUUCCUUUCUAUCCCUUCCUCAUCUCCACGACAACUUAUCUGAGCAUAUCUAUUUCAUGUACAACCACAACACUCCAGUCAGUAAUAAGCACCAUCUUCGAAUCAGACCAAAUGUCCAUCCUUCCACAAACGACUCUUAUCUCCCAGUCCAUGUCGUUGCCUAAGCGACGUGGCUCCCCUGCCUUCCCUGUCCGAAACCUACGCCGAUACAUCGCGCUCCUUUCGCAACAGCUCGCCAUUGGCGCGUCCAUGAUAAUCAGGCAUCCCUUCACACCACCUCCGGUCCCAACCUGGCCCCUACAUCUAGCGCUCUUUGUCGCCAUGGUUCGUGCUACCGCGGAUAUUCAAGAGCACAUCGUUGAAGACAUUUCUGAUAUCCGCCAUCUCAUCGACACAUUCUUCCAUUACCUACCCAAACUGCCCCAAAUGCGACUCGUGCCGUUCAGGAUCCCCAUCCCAACUCAUGGUCGAGGGUUCCCUGGAGAGCUGCAGCAGCUCGAGCUGUCUGAGAAUGGGCAUCGUACCUUACCGGGCCAAUGGAUUGCAGACUCGAAGGUGUGGGAUCGCAUCAUGAAGAUGCCACUGGCAAAGUCUGCCAGGGGCUCAAGAGACCCGUACGCAGCAAGGGAGGGAGAGAAAGUGAUUCUUUAUACGCAUGGAGGUGGAUACUUUAUUUGCAGCACGGCAACCCAUCGUGAGCUGUUAUGGAGGAUCUCUCGAGCCACCGGUCGGCGUAUCUUUUCUGUGGACUACCGUCUAGCGCCAGAACACCCCUACCCGGCUGCCUUGCAAGACGCAGCACACGCGUUUUCACAUCUAACAGACCCCAAGGGCUGUGGCUUCGACCGCAAGGACGUCACCGCUGCCGGAGAUUCGGCUGGAGGCGGAUUGAGCGUGGCUAUGAUGAUGUACCAGCGGGAUCAUCACCUCGCCAUGCCCUCCAAGGCCUUCCUUCUCUCCCCGUGGUUGGACCUGACCAUGACUUGCGACUCGUGGGUUACGAAUUCCAUGGACUACCUCCCAACCCCGCCCAAGAUCGAACACAAGUUCAACCCAAUCUCCUUCUACUGCUCCGGCCGUGAUAAGAUCAAAACCCUGGCUCGACACCCGUACAUCUCUCCGCUCUGGGGCAGCCUCGAGGGCCUACCACCGCUGCUGAUCCAGUGUGGAGAAAAAGAGCGUCUACGUGACGAGUGCAUCCUAUUCACCUACAAGGCCCGUGGGUCCUUUACUGCUUAUGAUGAUCUGCCUGUCCCGCCCAAGAGCCUGGAGGGUAGGGGACUGAAUCCGAAUGUGGAAUUGGACAUGUAUCCGGGGAUGGUUCAUGUCUUUCAGGCGAUCCCAUUCUUGCCAGAGUCAAACUUGGCCCUAAAGAGGAUGCUGGAGUUUAUGCAGCGCAAAGAGACAGGGAAGGAGGAGGCCGAUGCGACUGCUGACGUUUCUGUUUCAACUGCAACAGUAGUGGUAGUCUGUGCUACAAAGGCACUACAGACUGAUCAGGAACGACCCAUGAUGGAACGACUGGUUGAUAUGAUGGUUGAGAGCACAGUAUGCAAGUCGAUGGAGGAGAUUCCACUGCAUCUGCAACUGAUAGCGGAUGAUGCUCGACUGGAGGGCCUUGAAGGAGAGGCAGUGACGACCAUGUAUAUACUGUGAAUUUUACUGGAAAACGUUUGUCGAUUCGAACUUGGAUAGAUACAAAUGAGACUAAGUGAAUGUCACCCAAGCGAAUAUCAGGCGAUGACAACUAGAU